AUGACAUACACUCGAUUGGAAGAAUUGGGGUUAGAGGCAUUUGGAUUUCAGGCCCGUCGAACUAUUCAAUUGUUUCAGGGAUCUGGGGUUCCAAGGCCGGAAUUGGAGUCUAAUUAUUACCAUUUGGCGGUUAUUUGCUACUCUCAAAGCUCAUUAAUCGCAGUUAUCCAGGAUAAACUGAGAAUCAUUCCGAUAUCACUUCUUUCCACUAAACUUGAGCCGGAUCAAGAGGAAGAUUCUGAUGAACCAAUUACUCUAGCAGAUUCAGAUGUGAAAGAGAUCACCCUUGAUUCGAAUAUCCAACAAAUAUACUUGACUGCCAAUGAAUCGUACGCCGUGUUAAUUUUCGACCAGUCGAAGAAAAUAUGCUCCAUUCAAACUUCACAAUUAUUUGGGCAAUGGGAUGGUACUGUAUCUUCUCUCACAUCCUACAACUUGGGAUCAUGCAUUGUUGAUAUCUCAUUUUCAUCCUCAAACCCUGACCUCGUUGCUAUAGUCACUGAGUCAAACUUUUUGACCAUUGCAAAUGUCAGAGAGAUCAACAAAGCCAGCACAAUUCGGAAAGAUGUGACGUGCUCUUUUUGGAAAGAUGAUUCACCUGAUGCUUUAUACGUGGGAAGCAAAACUACAGCCGGAAUUUCGAUCAUCAAAGUGAACGGAGAAGAAUCGUUAAAAAUUCCAAACGAGGAUGAUGAAACAAAGGAGUCUAAGUUGCACGCUAUGAAGUUUUUUGCUAUUGAUGCAGACUCAAUGCUUGUCAUAUAUGGCAGUUCAAGGGCCAGCGAAGACAAUAAUGAUGCACAAUUCAAGUCGUUUGUGUUGAAAAACGACGAGAUUGCAAACGAGGCAGUGGAUAUAUGCCAACCCUGGGGUUCAAUACCGAGAAAAGCUUCUUUUUAUGGAGUCAAUUUAAGCGGCUGGUGCAAGGAGUUCCCAUCCGUUCUCUUUACGAUCGGAUCUAAGUCGAUUGAACUUAAUACAACUACACCUGAGAGUCAAAUAAGAGAGUUGAACGACUCGGAUAAUGCUGAAAUGCCUCUUGACGAAGAUACAGGUGAUGAUGAUACUUCUUUAGGCUUGGUGAUCGAUCUUCAGGCAAGCAAGAAUGUCAAUCAGCCUUGCAAGUUGCUUGAUUCAUCCGGUCCUCUACCAAGAAUCAUCGUCUUAUCUAACAGAGGGCAACUUUUAACAUGGAAUAUAUGGUACACCGAUGCAAUAAGAGCCAAAGAAGACAACUUGUCACAGGCAUUGAGAAACGCAGUUUCUAAAAGCGAAGCAUCUUCAGCUGAGAAAGCUUCAGAGGUUAAGGAGGCCGCAACAGUCUCGAAAGUUCCCGAAAAGCAAGAGUUAGUGCCUUCGAAUAAAACUAUGUUACAACCUCGGGAAAGUGAAACGUCGCAUAUUGCUCCAUCACAGCCUCAGGCUCCAGCAAAUACAGAAAACUCAAUUUUUUCCAAUUCAACUGCCAAAAAUCCAUUUGGAUUGUCAGAUGCCACUUCGUUUUCAUCUGCUCAAAUGAAAACUUUAGGUUUCGGCAACCAAUACUCUCAAGCUGCAACCGGUAAGAUGUUUAGUGUGAAACAAAGUAAUGCAUUCACCUCAAACUCUUCAAAAACACAGGAGGAUCCGUUCGGGUCUCUUGCGAAGGAAACCAAUAGUUCUGGGCUAUUUAAAGGUGGAUCAGGGUUUAAAAUGUCUGGAAAUACAGAAAAUACACCGGAGUUGUUUGGAUCUUUCAAUACCGGAGAUAACAAACUAUUCAAUGCUAAUAUUGGUACGAAACAAUCAGGAUUUGCUGCUUUUGGCGCAUCUCAUAGCCAGGAAAGCCCAUUUGCUGCUUUGAUGCAGAACAAUGAUAACAAAACGGAGAACAAUUUUUCAGACUUCAAAGCUACAGGUGGCUUCAAAUUUGGAUCAUCUUCAGCACAAAGACUUAACAACGAACAUUAUAUUGAAGAGCUAGACUCAUCUUCUUCGGUGGAAGAAUUAGAAGGUCAAAGUGAGCCGUCCGAGGAAAUGGGAGAAUCACCAAGUGAAAAGUUGAAAGAGGCUGAUAACUCCAUUGAGGAAAUAACAGCUUCCAAUGCUGUAUCUGAUAAAGCUAAGGACGAUUCCUCUGUUGAUGAUUUACUUGGUAAUGCAGCAAAGAAUUUGACAAUUUCAGGAGAUGGAGAAGAAAAAGAAAGUGCUCAGAAGGAAAGAGAAGAGGAACUAGAGAAGGCAAAAAAAGAAAAGGAAGCUGCACAAGCAAAUGCUGAAAAGGAAAGGAAAAUGGCUCAAGAAAAAGCUGAAAAAGAAAGAAAGAGGAAAGAAGAGGAAAUAAGGAACAGAAUUGAAAAAGAAAGAGAAAUAGCGCAGGAAGAAAGAGAAAGGGCACAAAAGAAGGCAGAAAAAGAAAGAGAAAGGGCACAGGAAGAAAGAGAAAGGGCACGAGAAAAGGCAGAAAAGGAAAGAGAGAAGGCUGAAGAAGAAAGAAAAAAGAAAGAGGAAAAAUCAAAGAGGAUUAAAAAGCAGGAGAUAGAAACUGUUGUCAAAGAUGGUGCAAAACCCAAAGCAGAGGAAAGGAAGAAUGUUGAGAAGGACGAUAAGGCAGAAGAAACAAAAUCAGUUGGAAAGAAAGAUGAGGCGGUUAUUCCUAAGCACGAGCUGACACAUCCUAAUAAGGAUAAUGAUAUUCUGUCGUCAAAGUAUGCAAGUAAGGAAGAGAAAAAAGAGGACGAAACAUUCGAGGAAAUCAAUAAAGAAGAUGUAGAAAAGAGCAUGGCCGAGGAAACAAGCAACGAUAAAAAGACAGAGGAUAAAACAAGUAAGGAUGAGGAGGCUGAGAAAGCAAAUCCUGAGACUGAGGAAGAAUCAGCAGAAGGUAAGGAACAGUUCGUCAAAGACCAAAAUACUGCUGAUGAAGACACCGAGCAAGCAAAUGCAGAGACUGAGAAAAAAUCAGAAGUUGGUAAGGACAAAAAUACUGUUAAUGAAGAUAAAGAGGAAGCCAGCGUUUCAAAAAAGAUUGAUGUGAAGCCUUCAAAAUUGGUUGAUGUAGGUGUAUAUACUGAAGCACUUGAAGCAAAGUCAGUUGAUGCUGAGAAAGUGGAGUACAAGGAUGAGCAGAUUUCUGUUGGAGAAGGAUUGCUUGACUUCAAAGUUCAGUCAUUUGAAGAUGAGGAAGUUUACUUAAGUAAGCUGAAUGUUCCACCUCCUGUUCCGGAAAUGCGAGUUCUAGGAACUGUGAUAUAUCCAGAAAUGAGCACCCACCCAGUUACAUCUGAGAUGAUGAAGAUUGUAUACGACACGGAUGCGGAUAUGGUCAUGCUGCAGAAGAACAUCGAGAGCAUGAACAUGUUCUUAUCGAAACACAUGGAUGAUCGCAUAAAGCACACGCUUGAGAAAUCGAUCAGCUUUCAGGGCUUCUGGCGUUUGGAUGAGGCAAAUACCGUGUCUGAUGGAAUAAAUGCUACAUACAGCAGGUACGAAAAAGCACUCACUGAAAGUAAGGAUACGGAAAAGCGUUCUUCCAAGUUAGUGGACGAGAUCAUGUCAGUUUACCGGAUGUUACCACAGUUGAAAGCAUUGCUUGAAAGCGGAGCAGAGCCUCCAGUGUUAUCGAGAAAGGGCGAGUUACCAUUUGAGUCACUACAGAAGCGGAAAAAAAUCAACGAUUUGGUUUCGAAAGUUAAGAAGCAGGAUUCGGAACUCAUGUCGCAGAUGCUUUUGAUGAAUGCAAUUUCGAAUCCAAAAUGGUUGACCAACAACACGAAUGGAGUUGAAUCCGUGCUUGCAGGAAUCGAUUACAGGAUAAGAAGUGAGACAAGUAACCUACUUGAGCUUCAGAAGGAGCUAAACGGACAAAAUCCAGAAGAAGAAAAGGAGUCCUCAUUAAGGGACAAUUCUUCUGAAAACGGGGUGUCACAAGAAAAGCAGAUCGAGGCUUCAAGCAUAAUUUCGCAGCUUUCCAACAAGCAGAGGUUGAGGAAGAUAUUGGGUAGGAGAAGAACGAAUCCGCAGAGAAUUGCACUAUGA